AUGGCCUCUCAGAAGUCACGGAGGAAGCCUGAUGCUGGACGCUCCAGGUCGGGAUGCAUAAAUUGCAAGGCCAAGCGCGUCAAAUGCGACGAGACAAAGCCAAACUGCAAAGCGUGCAUUUCGCGAGGUGACACAUGUGGUGGUUACCCCAAAGUCUUCAGGUGGUCCACCAAACACGAGAAACCGCCGAGAGGCAAGCAUCAGCCUCCUGCGCAACCUUCUUCGGCCUCAGUUCUUACUCCCAACUUCCACCCUGGUACGAUCGACUGGGAAUCCUCAACGGAAUCCGGAGGCGACUGGAUGCAGCCACUUCAGGACUGGAAUACGAACUUUUUCGGCCCAUCUGACGAUGCCGCGUGGGAGACUUUCAUCUCUCAACCCAGCAUCAAUGAACUCGUUAGAGAUAUCCAGUGGUGCACUGAUUCACCUAGCUUUGCCAAUGCCACCGAUGGCUCAUCUUCAACCAACGUCCUCGGUGGUGUGGAAGGGGUGAAUACUUUUGACAAUCUAUCUCGAGGCAGCUCAGACUUGGGUCUCUCGCCUCCUCGACUAGGACUCGAGGAUACUGGCGUCCCCCCCACCAUCGUACACGUUCCAACUUCCCUCAUUGAGUACUGGUUCCACGAGGUCUGCACGAUCUGGUCCCAAUACGAUUCCGACAAAAACUUCAAUCGCAUAAUAGCCGCCGCCCUUUGGUCUAGCUCCGAAGCUGUUACUAUCAGUCUUGAAAGCAUGUCAGCAGCCUACCUCUCGUCAAAAGUACCCCAUAUGAGACAGACGUCAGUGUCCCUAAUGAAAUCUGCCACAAGAAUCAUCAAGGCCGAGCUUCUUAGCUUCCAGCACUCAGACCAGUUCACCUCAGUCCCCACAGGCCUUCUCUUUGCUCUGCUCUGCAUAGGCACUAGCGUCUGCUGGCUCUACCCAGAUCACCUAGGAAUCCCUUACUUACGAGAGGCUAAAGGUCUUCUGCAUCAAAUAAACAGGCAGAAACGAAGCAUGUGCGAGAAGGACCACAAGCUCUUGCAUACCUUCAACAAGAGUUGGACCUACUGUGAUAUGCUCUUAUCCGUGGUCGCCGGGAGUGGCCCGCGAAGUAUAAGCGAAAUGGACAGUGUCGACGACAUCAGCGCCGAUGGUUACCCAACUGCCGAAGAAGCUCAGUCGGACAUCGAUCAGGAACCACCUCAUCCUUGGACCGGCGUCUCAACUACAAUCUCAAAACUAUUCACUCGAACGAUGAAGCUUUGUCACAACUUUCACUUCAACCUUAAGCAACACAGUACAGUCACGGCACAUAAUUUAACUACUGCUUUAAAUCUCAUUGAGGAGGCAAAGGCCAUCGAAGAGCGGUUGGUACGUCUGGACUUUGAAAUCUCUCAUCCGGUGGGAGAGACCGGAGAUCAGAGAACGCCAUGCGGACAUCUGGUUAAUAUAGCGGAAGCGUACCGGCUAGCAGGGCUAUUGCAUCUCUAUCAGACCUUUCCAGACUUGGUCAUGCGACGGUUACCCAAUAGCAUCCUGACAGGUCAGCGAAAUACCGGGACAGCCGGGGACGAGUUGAUCAUUCCCCUUGGUCUACGUCUCGUCAAGAUUUUGAAGCAGCUCCCUCCAGACUCCGGCAGCAGGAUGACCCAGCCUCUCCUCUGCAUCACCGCCAGUAUAGGGCUCCGAUUCACCUCUUCAAACGCUACCCCGACCAUUGAAGCCUGCGAUAUGUCAGAGUACAUCAGCCAUCUCUGCCGGGCAGACAAAGAUACUGAGCAACCGAGUUCUGUAACCAGGUCAGAAUUAGAGAUUGGCAAUGCACGGCAGUUUAUUCUAUGUCGGCUCAAUGCCCUCGAAAUGGCCCUCCCGCCUCGGCCAGUUGUCGUGGCGAGAAACCUUGUAAAGUCUAUUUGGAACGCAUAUGAUAAUGAUCGGACUGGCGUUAACAGAGUUCAUUGGAUUGAUAUUAUGGAGAGGCAAGGCUUGCGGUCCUUAUUUGGAUAA